UUCUCUUAAGGAGACUGAGUGCUUCAACGCGGGAGUACAAAUGCAAUACAUAUACAGUUCGCGAGGACUGACUAUACAACUAAGGGGCAUGUAUGUGGUGAGAGAAGUGAUUGCAUCCAUGGAAGGAAAACAAGAAAUGAGCACUACUGCUUCAACUGAAAGAAGUGGAAAAUAAACUGCAAGGACUCUAUAAGACACAAAGUGGUAACAAGACACUGCUCACAGUGACUUCAGACAACGUUUUCACAGAAUGCAGUACACGGUUCCUGGUGAGUACAAAACUAGGACAACCAUUUACAGCAGUUCUAUAAAGCAGACAGUAAUUCUUACAUGGUGCUGCAUUAAACAAAACACCAAAACACUUACUUUAAAUGAACAUGUACUACCCUUACACGUGGAACAUGAAUGUGCUAAAUAACAAAAUGUUCCAGUGUGCAAUAAUAUUUGUAGAAGGACAUACUGCAGCAAUGUCAUAAAUUCAGGAGCUAGCUGCUGGGGUUAGGUUACUAGCAGAUAAUACCCUCCUAGAGGGGGGAGCACAGUCACACAGGGCAAACAGAUGGGUUUAAAUUAAGAAAAUCCCUCAUCUGCCUCAUUAUAAAGGAUGAGCAAGGCAUUUAAAUGAUAUUAAAACAUGGAUAUGGAUAUUUGGAAAAAUAAAUAAAAAAAAAGCAUUUCUGGAGAUCUAGACACACAUAUACCUUUUCUGCCUUAUCUAGAUGAACAUAAGAGGAGGUUUCACAGUUUCAUAUCCAGGCACUUAUUGGAUAUUCCAAGCCAUAUCUCUGACAGCUGAGGGGUUAAGCAAACAGCUCCCACACACACACAAAAAAUAAUAAUCAAGACACUCCUUGUGUGGCAGGAGAAAGGAUGGUGAAGGCUGGCGAUUAGACAAUGCAAGUGGACCUCACUGUGGUACAUGGGAAGAACAGGUCCCAGACUAAUUCAAAACUUUCAUCUCUCUUCUACCACUGGAGAAAAAUCCACAUCAUGGACCCUUGUAAGGGCACAGCAGUUAUGUCCUCUCUUAAGCAGAAACAAUAAUGGAUACAAACUAAGUGAGGAUCAAUAACAUGGGUCGAAUAAGAAAAACAAGAUAACGGCAAUGGCUAAGUGAAAGGGACAUGCAAGAAGCAGUUUUGACAUACCCCAGGUUAGCUGGAACACUUUCCAACCCUGAUUCUGUUCACUGGCAAGAAAUGACAGAGCUCAAUCAGUCUUAUCCUGCUAGCCCCAGUACGGACGCUGCAUCUCCUAAGUGCUGGAUUGCACUUCUCACCCUUAUGGUCAUUGUGCCCACAAUUGGAGGCAAUAUCUUGGUAAUCUUGGCCAUAUCACUAGAGAAGAAACUACAGAAUGCUACCAACUACUUCCUUAUGUCGCUGGCUGUGGCAGACCUGCUGGUUGGAAUAUUUGUGAUGCCAGUCGCACUCCUCACCAUUAUAUUCAGACCUGUUUGGCCACUGCCACACUGCCUGUGUGCAAUCUGGCUAUUUCUCGAUGUCCUGUUUUCCACAGCAUCCAUCAUACACCUUUGUGCCAUAUCUUUAGACCGGUACAUUGCAAUCAAGAAACCUAUCCAAGCCAGUCAAUUCAACACCAGAGCAAAAACGCUAAUUAAGAUAGCAGUGGUGUGGCUGAUAUCAGCAGGCAUUGCUGUUCCCAUACCGAUCCAAGGUCUCCUCAAACCAUACACCAUCUUCAACACAAACGACACCUGUGUGGUUCGGACUGAGCACUUCAAGUACUUUAUUAUUUAUGGCUCCAUGGCAGCAUUUUUUGUCCCUUUUGGGAUCAUGGUGGUAAUUUACUUUCUGACUAUUCACUUAUUGAAGAAAAAGGCUUAUCUGAUCAAGAACAAGCCCCCUCAACGGCUCACAUGGUCUACAGUGUCAACCAUUUUUCAGCGGGAUAUGACGCCUGGGUCUUCUCCAGAGAAGGUUGCCAUGAUAGAUGGUCCAAGAAGAGAUCGAACAUUGCAGAUUAACAGUGAUGAAAUGCCUAUUCGAAGGCUUUCAAGUGUGGGUAAAAAGUCCAUGCAGAACAUAACCAAUGAGCAAAGGGCUUCAAAAGUCUUGGGCAUAGUGUUUUUCUUGUUUGUGUUUAUGUGGUGUCCAUUUUUUAUUACCAAUGUGGCCUCAGUCCUGUGUGACCCAAAUGACUGUGAUCCCGAUGUAAUCCAAAUGUUAAUGGAGAUCUUUGUGUGGGUUGGCUACAUUUCCUCUGGGGUUAAUCCAUUAGUCUAUACUCUAUUUAACAAGACUUUCAGAGAAGCUUUUGGUCGUUACAUCACCUGUAAUUUCCGUGGUAUACGGUCUGUAACCCUCUUGCGGAACUGUUCUAGUCGGAUAUCAUUCCGGAACUCAAUGGCAGAAAAUUCAAAGCUAAUCAUGAAACAUGGAAUGAAAAAUGGGAUUAACCCAGGCAUGUACCAGAGCCCACUGAGACUGCACAAUUCACAGCUGGAGUCAUCUGCCAUCUUGCUUGACACCCUAUUCCUCACUGAAAACGAAGCUGGAAAGACUGAGGAACAAGUGAGCUAUGUAUAAGUCAGCAACAAAUCAUAUGAUGCAGACCACAUAACUCGUACAUUAAUUUAUAAAUUGCUACAUUUGCAACAAA